ACGACCGGCACACACAAAAUACCGAGGCGGAGACCAAGACGGACCCGAACCCGGACGCGGACACGGCACGGACAGCCACUCAGCGGAUUUGUAAACAUUUCGCUGCUUCUUAGUGAUCGUUUUUUGGGUUUUGGCUUUAUUUUGCUUUGGGCUGAACGAGUUCUCUUCGCGGCAGCCGAAGGCAUUAACAGUUUGGGUCACAAGCGGCGCGCGUCGGAAAUAGUCGGACGCGAGUGGAAAACGAAUUUCCCCCGAGAGAAAAGCGUGUGCAGCUGGAGUCGCAGUGUUGUGCCUUCACAGUGUUGAAAAUAUAAUUAUUAUAGCUCGUACGAGGGUGAUAUAUUGGUAAUAGAGGUGUCAGAAUGCCAACCAUUCGCGUGUGCCUGCAAUGGACUGCGGUGGUCUUCAAUACAAUUACUCUGAUCAUCGGCAUCCUGGCCGCGCUGGCCGGUGUCUACGAGCUGAAUAGGUAUGACGAGGGCUCCGCCGAGCAUCUGCAAAAGUUCGUGCAGCUGGGCAUGGCGGGGACUCUGAUUUUGGCAGCCUUUAUUGGAUGCCUCGGCGCCUUCCUGGGCUCCAUCAAGGUCCUGGUAGUGCACCUGACUCUGUUGGGAAUCCUGAUUGUGUCGCACAUCUGGAAGCUCUCCCACUACAACGAGAACAAGCAGCUGGACGCCACCGAGGUCUACGUCAUGGCCCUGUGGAUGGAGGAGCUAGUCCAUCAGGGCGCCAUUCAGCAGCUGCAGCGAGAGUUCGAGUGCUGCGGCAACAAGGGGUUCGGGGACUACACGAGCCUGAACAUCAAGGUGCCCUCCAGCUGUUUCCAUACCAGGGACGGCCUUCACGCCCUGCAUCCCUAUGCGGAGGGCUGCAUGGCGGCCGUGAAGCGAGCCUUCCUCCAGAUCUACCGCUAUGAGAAGUGGGCCCACUGUGGACUCAUUGGCUACGAGCUUGUGGGCAUCAUAUUGGGCAUCACGCUGUGCUGUCAGCUGACCAACAAGACACGCCGAUAUGCCUACUGAUCCACACACACUUAUUUAUACU